AUGACUUAUCCAGACAACAUUCCAACCUUUAGGAUGUCACCGCCGCAAUUCGCCUCAUCCAACAUUGAUAUCAAUAAAGUGAGGCCUCAAUUCCCAAUGAACAAUGAACGAUUUGAACCGCGUUCAGCAAUGCAGCCACCACCAAACUGGCAGGAGCUUGUCCGUCCUCGUACUGAAAAACAGCUGCAAUUAAGCGGGAAUAGGAGUGAUGAUCAUAAAAUCAUUCACAAGAUGAAGCUGUGCAAGAAGUAUUACUAUGGUGAGCAAUGCCCUUAUGGUGAUAAUUGUAGCUUUCUUCACGAGGAUCCUGCUAAGUUUGGAGACGAUUCUUGGAAAACAAGAAGAGAGACAUCUUCAAUCAGCAUUGGAACUAUUGGUAAUAAUUUGGAAGACAAUAAGACUAUGACCAAGCCACCUAGGGGCACUUAUUGGAAGACUAAGCCGUGUCUCAAGUGGAAGCAUACCCGGAGCUGCCCCUUUGGUGAUGACUGUGACUUUGCUCAUGGAGAUGCAGGUGUUGUUUCAGUUGUUAAGUAA